GUUGUUGUCUGUGUACCCGCUGUCAUCGGACUUAAGAUCGGGACGCUAUUUUCGCUAUACUGGAUCAGAAAAGUCAGAACUAUUCUCAGGAACUCGUUUGCUAUAUUUUGAAGACUAUUGCAAGCUGCGAUCGAGUAUAUAAUAACGAAUAAUCGACGAUCGUUUGUCGAUCAGCGUAAGAAGUGUAACGUUUCAUACUGAUUACUCCAGUAUCUCACCGAUCAAGCCUGUGUUUCCAGCUCAGUGAAAAGUUUCAUUGACAAACAUGUCGGAUAUUAAUAAUCGCGAAUCCGUAAUUAUGGAGCGAUCAGUUGAUUGUUUUGACAGCGACGACGUGUUCACGAAAAAACGAUCUCGCGUUCCGAACUACUCCCCGCCAUCAACAAUGAAAUCACCCGGGAUUACCACACCUGAUUCAAAGGCACGGCGCGUGUGCGAAUAUGACCACGAACUUGAGCCAAUUGUCAAGGAGUUUGCAACACUAGGAGUCGACCAGAAGUCCGAAUCUUUAAAAUUACCAGGAAAGGAAAGUUCAGUUUUUCUUACGCCCGCUGAUACCCCUGAUUCGGAGCCACAGACAUUCCGCGCACCGUCGUUAAAUCGUGUGCGAGAAUUUAGCGGUGAAAGAUCUUCGGAUCUCAGGUACCCCACUCCGGAGUUCACACAUACCACUCCAUGGCAAGUAAAAAAACAGGCAAGGCGAAGCACGGAUAUACCUAAAUUUACGCUUGAUACCGACAGUGACGAUAUUGUACCCGUGAAUCUCACGGCUUCAAAGGUGGAAAUUGACAAUGCUGUGUCCCAUGUUUUUUCCAACAACCCGAGGAAUAAUGUUGACAUGGAUACCCAGCUGACUGCAGUUGGAUCCACAUAUAAAUUUUGUGGUUUGUCAGUGAAAAAGCCACACAAUAGCACAGUAUCGAUAUGGGAACAUGGCAUAAUUGGCAGAAAAAUUGGUCUAGAAAAGGUUGACAUCAUGAAGGAACUCUAUUCGAAGACACUGCAAUUUUUAGUUCUGCAAUACCUUGAACCAGUGGAUUUAUGCAAUGUUUGCUGUGUCAGCAAAGUCUGGAAUAAUGCUUGUAUAUCUGAAUCUAGAAUUAACAAAAAGAGGAGGGAGUAUAUCGAUAUGAUAGAAGAGCAAAAGGAAAACACCCAAGUGAAGUCAGUUCAUACACAGCUAAUGACACCUUGUGAUAAACCACUAGGUUUGGUACAAAUGGCAGUGAAACCUACGCCUUCUGAUUACAAAACCCCAACUACCGCCACCAAGUCGGAUCUAUUCAUGAAGGUUGCACAGUCUUUGUUCUAUGACGAUACCCUCACUAAAUGUCCAUUGUGUGAAUCACCGGCCAGAGUUCUUCGUGCAGAGCAACGAGCGACAUGUACAAGAGAAGCCUGCUCUAACGAUUUCUGCACAAAGUGUCAUACACCUGCACAUGGUUCAAAGAAAUGCCCAGGGAUCAAGGGUCAACCAGUGAGGAAAUCGCAAAGUACUGUCGGAAGUAAGAAGAGCAAGAAGAAUCUUAGACGACUUUGACCCAUUCUAAACAUUGGUACAUCCCUAUAGUCCAAUUAAAAGACUAUUCCCUUACAGGAAUCCAGGGGGAGGCUCAUCAAACACUGCCAACACAGCUCACACAAAUCAUUGCCACAUAUUAUUGUAUUCUAUGUUUGUAUCGUCCAAUAUUUAGUUUGUUUUGUUGUUUACAAUCAUUUCAGCUCUUUCUGAGACCAGUACUAACAACACGAUUGUUUUUUUUUUUAAAUUUCUGACUCCAGUCAUUAUUCUGACUGACUUGGGUGGCUCUAUUUGCACUAUGUAGCAACAUAACACCAUCUAGGAAGCCCACAUUUUAAAAAUUAUUGUAAUAUCUUGUAAGUCUUGAAUGUUUUUUUUUUAUAAUUUGACAAUUUUUAUACCCAAUUUAUUUUCUUUCUUGCUGUUGUCUUGUUUGGUGCAUGUGUUUGUCUUUGUAUAUUGUUUUUAGGCUAAAAAAAUACAUUCUUAAUUUGAAAAAAAAAAUCUGUAAAAAAAUAAACCUUAGUUGCUUGGUGUUUUAAGUUAUGAUUGUUAAAAUCACUGCCAUUUACAUAAAUUUUACAAAAUCUCAAGACAGCGUCAUUUGUUACCAGCUGUUGUGUAUAAAAGUAAUUUUGUAUAUUUUUGAUAAUGCUCCGACAUUUAUGUUUUUUUUUUUAAAGUUACAAUUUUUGAAAUCGGAAAUAUACAAUAAAUUCUUUGGACUAUUUUGCAUACAAAC